AUGAUUGUUCAUCCACAAAAUGGCAAAGAUCCCAUUGAUCUGCUAAUAGAUACUGUUUAUCCUAAUCUCAUUGAAAAUUCUAUGAACAUUACUUUUAUGAUGGAAAGAGCAAAACUAACCCCAUUAAACAAUGAUGUUGAUGAAAUCAAUGGCUUUGAUUCAAUACCAGAAGACAAAACAAAUCUAUACCCAAUUGAAUAUCUUAAUUCCAUAACAUCUCAAGAAGACCAUCAAGGUAAAUGUGUAUUUACCCCUAGAAUUCUGCUUAUGUCAACAGAAGAUACCAGAUUACCUUUUGUUCUAAAAAGAAAGCAAUUCCCUGUAUGGCCAGCAUUUGCCUUGACUAUCAACAAAUCUCAAGGUCAAAUGCUACCCUAUGUUGACCUAUAUCUUCCACGGCCCAUUUUCUCUCAUGGACAAUUAUAUGUGACUAUGUCAAGAGUACAUAAAGCAUGUAAUCUCAAUGCAUUGUCAUCCUAUAAAAUAAGUUCGUCAUAUGAUAAGUUACAGCAAGGAACUGAUAGUAUUACAGAUAAGUUGAUUAAAAUAUCAUUUAUAAAUUCAAUUUUUACGAAAAAAUUUAAGAAUUGA